AUGCCCGUAUCUGCUUCUAAAGCCGCCCGCCUGGCCAAAAAGGCCGAAAAGGCAGCUGAGAAGGGCGAAAAGCCCGAGAAAAAGACUGUUGCCUCUAGGUUAUCCUCCAAGGCAAACUCCAAGAACCCCUCGACAAACGGCUCGAAAGCCUCGUCCGUCGCUGGCGAUGACGACCCUCCAAUGCUCGAUGAGGAUGAAGAAGAUGCCCCCGCCACAAGCGCCGACAAAAUGGAUAAGGUCAAGAAAUUGACGGAACAGAUGGAUAAGCACGGUCUCUCGGAUCGGGUCACAACUGGCGUGCUUGCCUCCCAAGAAGCAAGUCGGGACGUCAAGAUCACCUCUGCCUCUCUGGUCUUCCAUGGAAAGGUCCUUAUCACGGACUCCACCAUCGAGGUCAACUUUGGGCGGAGAUACGGUCUGCUUGGAGAGAACGGCUGUGGCAAAUCCACCCUCCUUAAGGCCAUCGAUAAACGAGAAUUCCCGUUCCCAGAGCAUGUCGAUAUCUACCUGUUGAACGAAGGCGCCCCUCCCACUGACCUGGGCGCUCUUGAGUGGGUCAUCAAGGAGGCUGAGAAAGAAGUAAAAAGACUCGACGAUCUGGCCGAGGAGAUCUUGGAGAAAGAAGGUCCCGAGAGUCCUACACUGCUUGAAAUCUACGAGCGGUCCGAAGCGAUGGACCCGAGCACGUUUGAAGUUCGAGCCUCCCUUAUUCUUACCGGCUUAGGUUUCAACAAGAAAACAAUCCACAAGAAGACUAAAGACAUGUCCGGUGGUUGGAGAAUGCGAGUUGCGCUCGCCAGGGCUCUCUUCGUCAAGCCAUCCCUCCUCCUUCUGGACGACCCCACUGCCCAUCUUGACCUCGAAGCUUGCGUGUGGCUGGAGGAGUACCUCAAGAAGUGGGACAAGACGUUGAUUCUAGUCUCGCACUCCAUGGAUUUCCUUAAUGGUGUCUGCACAAACAUGAUUGAUAUGCGGCAAAAGAAAUUACUUUACUAUGGUGGCAACUACGAUUCCUACAUCAAGACUCGAACGGAACAAGAGACCAACCAACAAAAGGCAUACCUCAAACAGCAGGAAGAAAUUGCUCACAUCAAGAAGUUCAUUGCUUCAGCCGGUACAUACGCUAAUUUGGUCCGGCAAGCAAAAUCAAGGCAAAAAAUCUUGGACAAGAUGGAGGCAGACGGAUUCAUUCAACCAGUCGUUCAGGAUCGAGUGUUCACCUUCAGAUUCGCCGAUGUCGAAAAGCUCCCUCCCCCGGUCCUCUCCUUUGAUGACGUCACAUUUAGCUAUUCAGGGAAGCCGGAAGACAAUCUUUAUGAGCACCUAGAUCUGGGUGUGGACAUGGACAGCCGAAUGGCUCUCGUGGGACCGAACGGUGUUGGUAAAUCGACCUUGCUAAGAAUCAUGACCGGUAAACUCUCCCCUACAGGUGGCUCAGUCAGCAGACACACCCACCUCAAACUCGGACUCUAUUCACAGCACUCGGCCGACCAGCUCGACUUGACUAAGUCGGCACUCGAUUUCGUCAGAGAUAAGUAUUCCUCUACAUCCCAGGAUUAUCAAUACUGGCGCCAACAGCUUGGUCGAUAUGGUCUUUCCGGUGACGCGCAGACCGCCCUAAUGGGCACGCUUUCCGAAGGCCAAAGAUCUCGAGUGGUCUUUGCUCUCUUGGCAAUUGAGGGUCCCAACAUGCUCCUCCUUGACGAGCCUACCAAUGGUCUUGAUAUUCCCACGAUCGAUUCUCUGGCUGAUGCCAUCAAUGCCUUUUCUGGCGGUGUCGUGGUUGUCUCUCACGAUUUCAGAUUGCUUGACAAGAUCGCUAAGGACAUCAUGGUGUGCGAAAACAAGACUGUCCGGCGAUGGGAUGGGACGAUCGGAGAGUACAAAAAUUAUCUCCACCCUUGA